CACACACACGCACGCCCUUUCUCUCACACUCUCUACACAAGUUGAUCAAGUCCCUCUCUCUCCUUCCUGUUUUUCCUGAGUGCCUGGGCUUGAGGGGAGAAAGUUCAAACUAAAACAAGGACCUAAAACAAGAAGAUAAAGGAAACAAAGAUAGCACACGUUUCACUUCUGACCGAGCUUAAACCCCCGAGAGGAGCCGACAGACGCGUUUUGGUAGGCAGGAGGUUGGGGGGAGGUGAAGGAAAGCCCCCCCACACCCUCAUAUCCAGUGACCAGAGUGUUUCCUCUGGUCUGUUGGACCUGAUAUGACACAGUCGGUCUGAUGGCCCCUGUUAUCAGGAUAUUCCAGUAGACUGUUUAAGACUCGCGUUCUGACCCAGGCUGAGCUGAAGACUUGCUGCUGGUUGGUAUGGAAGCUCUAAGGGAAUCUUUCCUCCAUUUAACCUUUCAGAUGUCGUCCUACAAGCGGGCGACGUUGGAUGAAGAGGACCUGAUUGACACCACCUCGGACGGAGUGUAUCACGCCUCGACUGUGCAGGUGGUGCGGCAGCGUGGCCCUGGCCCCCAGUGCUGGACUAGGCGAAGUCAUGCUGAGAGGAAGCUGGUGGUGGUGGUGUGUUCUCUCUCUCUGGCUUUAUUCAUCUGCAUCCUCAUUCUUGGUCUGCAUUACAACGAGACUCACCCGGGUGUGUGUCUGUCCGAGCCGUGUGUGAGCGUGGCUGCGUCGGUGAUGGCCGCUCUGGACCGCUCGGUGGACCCCUGCCACGACUUCUAUAACUUUGCCUGCGGCGGGUGGGUGAAGAAAAACCCCCUACCUGAGGGUAAAUCACGCUGGGGGCCGUUCAGCAACCUGUGGGAGCACAACAUGGCCAUCAUGAAGAGUCUACUGGAGAACACGAGUCAACAGGGUUUGAGUGAAGCAGAGCUGAAAGCAAAGCGCUACUAUCAGGCCUGCAUGAAGGAGGCCAAAAUCGAGGAACUGGGUGCCCAACCUUUACAGGAGCUCAUUAGCCAGACGGGAGGCUGGGCUCUGACCGGCUCCUGGGAUAAGGAUAAUUUCCAGGAGGUUCUUCGCGUCGUUUCAGCCAUUUACCGAACGUCACCCUUCUUCACUGUGUUUGUCAGCACAGACUCCAAAAACUCCAACAGCAACAUCAUCCAGGUUGAUCAGUCUGGGCUGGGUUUGCCUUCACGAGAAUAUUAUCUCAACAAGACCGCCAAUGCGAAGUACCUGAAAGCGUAUCUGGACUUCCUGGUGGAGCUGGGGGGCUUGCUGGGCGGGUCACAGCAAACGACCCGGCAGAUGAUGCAGGAAAUAGUGGAUUUUGAGACGACUCUGGCCAACAUCACUGUUCCUCAAGAGGAGCGCAGGGACGAGGAGCUGAUCUACCACAAAAUUCAGGCCAAAGAAUUAUCAACGCUGGCUCCUGCUGUCGACUGGAUGCCGUUCCUCAGAGCUGUAUUUGCACCUGUCGCUCUGAAUGACUCAGAGCCUGUGGUGGUCUACGCUACAGAAUACCUGCAGAAAGUUUCCAACCUCAUUACCAGCACUAACAAGAGCACCCUUAAUAACUACAUGAUGAUGAAGGUGGUGAGGAAGAUGGUGUCCAUCCUGGACCACAGAUUCCAAGACGCAGAGCAGCGUUUCCUUGAAGUCAUGUACGGCACCAAGAAGAGCUGCACCCCCCGCUGGAAGCUGUGUGUCAGUGACACGGACAGCGCGCUGGGCUUCGCCCUCGGGGCUCUGUUCGUCAAAGCCACCUUCGCCGAGGACAGCAAGGCCUUCGCUGAAGAUAUGGUCUCUGAGAUUAAAAGGGCGUUUGAAGACAGUUUGAAGCGCGUGAGCUGGAUGGAUGGCGAGACCCAAAAAGCAGCCAAAGAGAAGGCAGACGCGAUAUACAAUAUGAUCGGCUACCCAAAGUUCAUCAUGGACCCCAAAGAGCUUGACAAAGUUUUCAAUGAUUUUGAUGUAGUGUCGGACCUGUACUUCCAGAACGUCAUGCACUACUACAACUUUUCAGGCCGAGUGACGGCUGACCAGCUGAGGAAAGCGCCCAACAGAGAUCAAUGGAGCAUGACGCCCCCUACAGUGAACGCUUACUACAACCCCACCAAGAAUGAGAUGGUACUUCCUGCAGGCAUCCUCCAGGCUCCGUUCUACAGCCGCGCAUGGCCAAAAGCCCUGAAUUUUGGAGGCAUUGGUGUUGUAAUGGGACAUGAACUGACCCAUGCUUUCGAUGACCAAGGGAGGGAGUAUGAUAAGGAAGGGAAUCUGCGCUCCUGGUGGAAGAACUCAUCGGUUGAGGCCUUUAAACACCAGACUCAGUGCAUGGUGGAGCAGUACAGCAACUACAGCAUCAACAAAGAGUCCCUCAACGGCAAACACACGUUAGGAGAAAACAUCGCAGACAACGGCGGCCUCAAAGCGGCUUACAAGGCCUAUCUGAACUGGAUCCAGAAGAACGGAGAGGAAGCCACGCUGCCCGCGCUGGGAAUGACCAACCACCAGCUGUUUUUCGUCGGAUUUGCUCAGGUGUGGUGUUCAGUCCGGACCCCCGAAAGCUCCCAUGAAGGUGUGAUCACGGACCCCCACAGUCCCUCGCGCUUCAGGGUCAUCGGCACCGUCUCCAAUUCCCACGACUUCUCUAAACACUUCGGCUGCAGCGCCGACUCACCGAUGAACCCCAAGCGCAAAUGUGAACUGUGGUGAACGCAGUGACCCCCGUCUGACGGGCAUCGGGGGAAACGGCCCCGCUGGCCCUCGGCUCUUCUCUCAGGUUGCCUUAUGUGGGCUGUGAAGGCUGGAGGAUAUUGAGUCACCUGGGUUUUCAUGUGAAUUCUUUGAGGAACUGAAUAAACACAGAAGGAACUUUGUAAACACUGGAAGACGACCUGAUAGCUCUAACAUGGGAGAAAGGACAGUCAACAGUAGCUGUUCAGGUUUUGUACAUAUAUACAUAUAUAUGCCUUUAUCAAGUGCUGUUGUUUUUCUACGGGGAAAUAAUAUUUAUUUUCUUCCAGUGUGUUUUUUGCAUUUGGAGUAAGGUGGGCAUUUUUCACCAAUGGUUUAGCAAACUGACGUCUCACCAAUAGGAACUAGUGACAAAAGACUGCGCAUGGUGCACAUUUGGAAUGUGAAUGAAUGAAUGGACGAAUAGAAAUGGUCCGAAACUGAAAAAAGGAACAUUUUCGUAGGUCAAAUCUAAAGGUUUUUAGGGCCACUGCACACUGGACACGCCGCAUCACAAUGUACAGCAUGUACAAUUGUGUGUAACAUGAAUGCAGAGACGGUUCACAAUGACAAAGUAUCACCAACAUUACUUGUGCUGUGAUUUCCCAAAGUUUCCAGUCACCCAUCCAAAUCACUGAAUUCAGGUGUUCCAGUCACUUCCGUGGCCACAGGUGUGUAAAGCCGAGCCCCUCGGCCUGCAGACUGCUUCUACAGACAUUAGUGAAAG